AUGUGUGUUGAGACGGAAAAAAUAGAGUGCAAGGGGUUGGUGGUGAUGGAUGUGCCCACUAGGUGGAACUCCACUUAUUUGAUGCUUGAUGCGGCAUUGAAAUUUCGAAAAGCUUUUGAUAGAAUGGGGGAUGAUCCCGAUUCUUCCUACUUAAUGUACUUUAAGGAAGAUGAAGGAGAUGACAAGAGAAUUGAAGGCAUUGAAGGAAGUGGGAAAGGGAAGGGAAAGUCUAAGACUAAUAAGAGGGUGGGUCCACCUAGUGAUGAAGAUUGGGAAAAAGCCGUGACAUUUGUGAUGUUUUUGAAGACCUAUGAUGUUACUUUGAAAAUUUCAGCUUCUUUGCAUCCAACAUCACACUCAACCUUCCAUGACUUGCUUGCCAUAGAUGGGGAGAUUCGGGAGUUGUAUAGAUAUGAUGUUACAAUUCCUAUUGAAGAACGGACAGCCAUGGAUACUCUUUUAAAUGAUAUGGCAGCAUCAAUGAAGAAGAAAUAUGAUAAAUAUUGGGGUGAACUUCAUAAAGUGAACCCAUUCUUGAUGAUAGGAGUUGUGAUUGAUCCCCGAUUCAAGCUUCGCAAUUUGAAGCACAUCUUUGAAGAAAUAUUUGAAAAUGAUCCUACUUGUGAUAGAUUGGUGGCUCAAAAGACAAAUGAGGUGAAACAACUUCUUAUGAAUAUGUAUGAAGUGUAUAAGCCUAGUAGUAACAAUAUGGGUGCUACUAGUACUACCAAUGAGAGUGGCGUGGAUAGGUACUUGUUGGAUCCACUUGAAUCCAUUGAUGAGGAGUUUGAUAUACUAGGGUGGUGGAGAAUAAAUGGGCUCAAGUAUCCUACUUUGGCAUCAAUUGCAAAGGAUGUGCUUGCAAUCCCUACUUCCACAAUAGCUUCGGAGUCUUGUUUUAGCACAAGUGGGAGAGUGAUUGACUCGUUUCGAAGCUCAUUGUCUCCUAGGAUGGUUGAGGCUUUGAUUUGCUCUCAAAAUUAG